GGGCCUAGCCUGGGACUACAACUCCCAGGAUGCACCAGGAGCGGACACUGACCAAUCAGGAAGCCCAGUCUCACUUCCUCGGCCCAGCUCACGCUCUCCCCGCUUAACAGCGAGAAAUUGGUGAAGACCUGUCCAGGCUGCCUCAAGUUGCAUCUUCAGCCUGGCCCCAGUGCAGUUCGCAAGGUCUCUCAGCCCGUGGCUCCCAAGAGCCCGCUUUCCUCACAGGCAUGUUGCUCUGAAGUGAGUGAAAUAGGAUAAAUUCCCUUGACUCAGGAAAAGGCAGGCACAAAGAAUUGAUUCCAAGUGUUUUAGCAGUAAAGAAUCCUCCUGCAAGGCAGGAGACCCAGGAGGGCAUGGCAACCCACUCCAGUAUCCUUACCUGGAAAAUCUGAUGGACAGAGGAGCCUGGUGGGAUACAGCACGUAGAGUCACAAAGGUUGGAAAGGACUGAAGCAACUGAGCACCCAGGCACAAGAUGAUUAAGAAUAAUGUUACCGACCAUAAACUAAAUGUGGAAGCCAUAAUUAAAAACAUUAACACAAUUUCUUUGGAGCUAAAAAAAAUGAAUGAACUCACCCAGUUACUGCUUUGUGACCUUACCCUACAUUUCAGUCAUCCCGUGAAGACAGAUGACUUAAAAGGAACAGAAAGAAACAGCCCCCACUUUGAAGAGUCUAAAAUGCCAGAUGUAUCCCUUGCUUCUGAUAGUUUUUUAAUCUGAUUUUUUAUUUAUUUGUUGAAAUUUGUGACUUUUUAUUGUUGAAUUAACCCAUUUAUAGGAGAAUUGAGUUUACUAAUAUAUUCAAUUAAAAAAAUAAAAAAUGUGUUGAAUUGUAAA